GCCAACCACUGGCACGUAUGAGCCAGACUCGACUGCGCCUCACUGACAACAAAUUCUUUGCACGGCGCAUCACAUCGCCUCCCAGGUACCUUCCGAGUAUCUCAACUACAAAGAGUCCUUCUCAUCCGGACCUGGAUCCUCUGUCAUCUUCAAUCUGCCCUUCACCGUAGACUCUCGUCCUUUUCCAUCUCGAGAAACACAUCGGGCCCGACACGAUGGCAGAUAUACAACGACAGCCUCUUUCUCCCAUUCAAACACAGAUCCCUUCCUCAAACUCUCCGCCCACUUCAACCGCCUCCUCCCCUCGCCCAUCCUUGUCCGCCAAACGCUCCCGCUCCCCUCUCUCACUCGAUCUCUCCUCCCUCCCGCCUCUUUCCCAACCAGCACCUCCCUCCAACACUCUCCUCAUCACCCGCCUCGAUGACCCCAAGAUCUUUCACCCAGCGUCCCUGGCGACCAUCAGACAACACAUCACAGAAAUUGCGCCCCUAAACUCAUUCUCCCCGCUAAAAUCCAUGCACCGCAUCAUCUGCUCCUUCUACGACGUCGACGCCGCCAUUGCCGUGAGGCAGGUAUUCGAUGGGUCCGCGGUCAUGGGAGACACGGUCGCAAAGUGCUACUUUGGCGAGCCCACCCCGAUAGGAGACGAGAAGAAAUACCUGGACCGACCGGACGCCGGGAGAUUAUUCUUCAUCAGCCCCCCACCAAGCCCGCCUGUGGGCUGGGAAAUGAAAGAGGAGGACCCGCCGAACAAACACGUCCACGCCGAGGAUCUGGCAUCGAAGCUGGAGAAACUGAACGGCAAGCUCACGUCGUCCCCCACCAACCCCGACGACUCCGCCUCCGAAGACGACGCCAAAAUGCAAUACACAGCCGAGGGGCUCCAGAGAUUGAAGGCCAGCCGAGCACGUGCCUUCUCCGGAGUGUCGGCAGAGAACUCCCCCACCGCAGACGCGUCGCCAAAGAAGCAUCGGAGUCGAAGCUCGACUUUGAUCUACGACCCCAAGGCCCACGGCGACAGCCCGGCGCUUCCGGCGGUGAUGCUGGAGGCUGAAGAUGAAUCAGAUGUGGAGCUCGAGCCGGAGGGGCCGUCCAAGAAGAUAUUGGCAAGUACGCCACGCCCACCUGUGGAAUUGAUGGAGCAUUGAUCAUAUCAUCUUGCGUGGGCCAAAGUUCGCAUUUUGGGAACAGACUGGAAUAGUCUCGCACGACAUAGAUAACUGCGAGACGGCGUUUUUGGGAAAACAGGCGAAUGGCCCGGUGUAAACUGGAAGAAGCAAUUAAUACCAACCAUUGGGCAGGAGGAAGCACCAAGCUUUAAAAAAAGGCCUGGUCGGAUUGGGAUUGUCGCCAUCCCGUAUAUACAGUCUUGCAUAAGAAUACCACGAUCUCCAGGAGCGCCAAGACCAGCUCACUUCAUCUCUGAAUGUCCUGAACAAACCCUACCUCUUUGUCUCCCUGACGGUCUGUGAUGGCUUUUGCUGCAAUGACAAAUAAACCGGACAAGCUGCGGAUGCACGUCCGACGCCGCUAUUAAUACCGUAAUCCAAAACUCCAUACCAAUGCCAAUGCUGUACAAACG